GAUCAGAUCAACAGAGUGCAAUUGCAGGUGGAAUCGUAGAGAUCUUCUAGCCAGUUGCAGCUGAUCCAAUAAAUCGACACAUAAUGUGGACUAAACUAUUCGCAGUUUUGCUGUUGGUGGCAACAAUUGCUCAAGGCAAACCCAGUGGAAAUGGAAAUGGAGUCGAGGGCGACUACGAUGAUGAGAUGAGCGAGUUCAUGGAUGCGCUGCCCAAUCUGGAUGACACGCCCAUUGGCUUCGGACAGCGAUCGGAUAUCGCGAUGGAACCGGAGGUGGAUGAUAUUUUGGCCAAUCUGGACGACGAGUACGAGGGAGCCAAGCACUAUGCCUGGAAUAAGUGUGACAAAGAUCUCAGCGAGAAGCGGGGCAUUGGCUCGUUUCUGGACCUGUCCUUUGUGAAAAAGAUCGCCAGCAACCUGAAUCCGUUCGGCAGCAAGAAACUGCGGAUGCAGUUCUAUCUCUUUAAGCGGGAGUUCCCCGAAUGCGGCAGGGAACUGGAUUUCUCCAGCGAGCGCAAGUGGCGGCAUUCUGGCUUCAAUGCCUCCCUGCCCACCAGACUGAUGAUCCAUGGAUGGAUGAGUCAGUCGCGGGGCUCCUUCAAUCGGGACGUGAAGGACGCCUAUCUGAAGAAGGGCGAGUACAAUGUGAUCGUGGCCGAUUGGAGUGCCAGUUCGGCGAAUAUCAACUAUUUUUCGGUGGUGUCCCUCAUCGAGACCUUUGGCGCCCAGUUGGCCCAGUUUACCAGGGAGUUGAAUCGCCAAUUUGGAGCCGACUUCGAUAGCAUGUACCUGAUUGGACACUCGCUGGGCGCUCAGAUUGCCGGAUCGGCGGGAAAGCGACUGAAACCGGAUCAGGUGAACACCAUUUUCGCCCUGGAUCCCGCUGGCCCCAAGUUCCGUCAUCGCAGCGCCGAAUUCCGGAUCGACCCCACCGAUGCCAAGUUUGUGGAGUCCAUGCACACGAGCGCCAACUUUGGAUUCCGCCGACCCACGGGCAGUGCCACCUUCUAUCCAAACUACGGGGCCUACCAGCGCAGCUGCUACUACCUGGGCUGCUCCCACAUUCGCUCCUACCAGAUGUUCGCCGAGUCCAUCAACUCGCCGCUGGGAUUCUGGGGAACCCCCUGCACGCGGGACAACGGAAGGUGGCAGUGCGACCAGAGCCAGCGGCAGACCAUCCAGAUGGCGGGGGAGCCGUCGGUCCACAAGGAGGGCAUCUUCUACGUGAAGACCUCCUCCAGCGACCCCUUCGCCCUGGGAAAGCAGUAGAUGUAUAGCUGGGAUAGGUUUAACGUUAAGUUAUUGCACUGUAG